AUGGCAGCGUCAACACACGGUCAACGGCAUCUCAGCGGUGGGGUGGGGCUGGAAGCCCAACCCACCAAGAAAACUCCUGAAUCCAAAAGAGGGAGGUUUGUUCGUUGUGCAAUGACAUCAAGACCCCACUGUUUGCCUUUUGGGAAAACAAACACUUCUGCCUCUUGGAUAAUCGCUUGGUGA